CUGUCUGCCGCCGAGUAUUGAAUGUCAGCGCGGCAGCGGUCGCUUUGGUGUCUCUCUGGGAGGAGGAUCAAGUUUAAUAGGCGCCCGGUGUCUCUUCUUCUUCUUCUUCUCCUCCUCCUCCUCCUCCUCCUCUCUCCGCCUUCCCUCCACCCCGAGCCCCUCAGCCUCUCUCCUCCUUCUCCCUCCUCCUGUCCAUCGCUGCCCUCUUUUCCCUCUCCGUUGGCAGAUCCUCACUUUUGCACGGGGAAGUUUUCCGGAACUGAGGAGCGGCGCGGAGCGCGGUGUGCGCCCGCAGCGUUGCAGCCAUGGAGCGGCGUUAAAAGAGGAGAGGGAAGAGGAGGACACGAGCGAUUCAUACUGAACAGGAGCAGCGGCGACAAAACAAGGGAGCCUGGGUGAAACUGUGGAGUGAGCUUCUCUCCUCUGGACGUUAUGGCCGAAAUGCUGAAUCCACCGGGCCUGUUGACUAUGCCCCGGAGUCCCACCUCCAGUGAGGAGGAGAUGGCCCAGAGCUUUUCAGAUUAUUCUGAUGAAUGUGCUUCCGACAGCUCCCGCGAAGAGACCAUUUACGAGACCAUAAGGGCUACGGCCGAGCUAUCGCCGCACCGCAUGGACGACAUCCACAUCAACUCGCAGGUCGUCCGCAUCCUCAUCCCCGACCUGCAGCAGACGAAAUGCAUGCGGUUCAAUCCAAAUGCAACAGUCUGGGUUGCCAAGCAGCGGAUCCUGUGUACGCUCAACCAGAGCCUGAAAGACGUCCUCAACUAUGGGCUUUUUCAACCGGCCAUCAACGGAAGAGACGGCAAGUUCCUGGACGAGGAACGCAUCCUCCGAGAGUAUCCCCAGCCAAUCAGCAAAGGCGUCCCAUCUCUGGAGUUCCGCUACAAGAGCAGAGUCUACAGGCAGCCAAAUGUGGACGAGAAACAGAUCGCCAAACUGCACACAAAGGCCAAUUUGAGGAAGUUCAUGGACCUCAUUCAGCACAAUCAGGUCGACAAGGUGUCCAAGAUGUUGGAGAGAGGCUUCGAUCCCAACUACCAGGACAGUGACACCGGUGAGAGCCCGCUGACGUUCGCAGCUCACCUGGACGGUGUGGUGGAGCUCAUCAAGGUGAUGAAGAACGGAGGAGCUCACGUUGACUUCAGGGCCAAAGACGGGAUGACGGCCGUGCACAAAGCAGCGAGGUCCAAGAACCAGGUCAUACUGACGACACUGCUGGAGUUGGGAGCAUCUCCAGACUACAAGGACAGCCGCGGUCUGACGCCGCUGUAUCACAGCGUGGUUGUGGGCGGAGACCCCGGCUGCUGCGAGCUCCUGCUGAGCAACCACGCUGCUGUGUGCUGCCAGGACGAGAACGGCUGGCAUGAGGUGCAUCAGGCUUGCCGCCACGGCCAUGUGCAGCACCUGGAGCAUCUGUUGUUUUACGGAGCAGACAUGAGCGCCCAGAAUGCCUCAGGAAACACCGCUCUACACAUCUGUGCCCUGUACAACCAGGAUAACUGUGCCAGAGUGCUGCUCGUCCGUGGAGCCGACAAAGAAGUCAAGAACUACAACAGCCAGAGUCCAUUUCAGGUAGCCAUUAUCGCCGGGAACUUUGAGCUCGCCGAACUCAUCAAGACCCACAAAGAGAAGGAUAUAGUGCCUUUCCGUGAGGCUCCAGCAUACUCCAAACGCCGCCGAGGUCAGUCUUCUGGCAACAGCAGUGGAAACAGCCAGUCUCCCUCAGGGUUGUCGGCGCCGCGCGUGCUCCUGCGCUCCAACAGUGACAACAACUUAAACGUCAGCCAGUAUCAGCAGCAGCAGCAGCAGCAGCUCGGUUCUCCCACCAACUGGGCCCCGCACCAACCUGCCCAGGCUUACCCGCACAGGGUCUCCCAGCAGGGUCACUCGCAGCCUGGCUCCUCAGCGUUACACCGCAGCCUGUCCCCUCAGCUGCUCCAGCAGAUGCCCAGCGGGAGCCCCAAUGGCACCGUGGUGGUCCGGACCAUGGGGAGGGGGGCACGCAGCCGCUCACCCUCCCUCAGCCGGCUGGGGGAGGAGGCACGCCGCGCUCUUCCCUCACAACGUCAUCCCAGUCCUAGCAGUCAUGGUGAGGUGGUCGGCACCAGGAGGAAGCUGUACAGCGCAGUUCCCGGGAGACAUUUUGUGGUGGUUCGUCCGUACACUGGCCAGGCUGAGGGAGAGAUCAACCUCUACAAAGGCGACAGGGUCAAAGUUCUGAGCAUCGGAGAGGGGGGUUACUGGGAGGGAAGCGCCCAUGGCCAGGUGGGCUGGUUUCCAGCCGACUGCGUGGAGGAGAUCCCGGCCAAGGCCACCGAGGAGAAGAGCUAUUCGCGAGCGGACCGAGCUGACAGGCGGAAGCUCUUCAGACACUACACUGUGGGCUCGUAUGACAGCUUUGAUGCAUCCAGUGACUGCGUGGUGGACGAGAAGACGGUGGUGCUGCAGAAGAAGGAGAACGAGGGCUUCGGCUUCGUGCUGCGCGGGGCCAAAGCGGACACGCCCAUCGAGGAGUUUACCCCCACGCCUGCCUUCCCCGCCCUGCAGUACCUGGAGUCGGUGGAUGAGGGAGGAGUAGCGUGGCAGGCGGGACUCAGAACGGGGGACUUCCUCAUAGAGGUAAACCAGGAGAACGUGGUGAAGGUGGGUCACAGGCAGGUGGUCAACAUGAUCCGACAGGGAGGAAACCGGCUCCUCAUCAAGGUCGUGACAGUGAGUCGGAAUCUGGACCCCGACGACACGGCGCGCAAAAAAGCUCCUCCACCACCAAAGAGAGCCCCCACCACUGCCCUGUCAAUGCGCUCCAAGUCCAUGACCUCUGAACUGGAGGAACUUGCCACUCUAAGGAAAAAGAAAGGUGAUGCGCAGAAGAAGAGGAUUGUUUUCCAAGUCACUCUAAACAAAGUUGAAGAGAUGACACAUGCCCAGAAGAGCUCACCUGUCGAUAUGAAGAUCGCUACAAUCAAACCACGCCCCUCCAGUCGCUGCUUGGUUACGGCCGCUGAUAUGAACUCCAUGUAUCAUGAUCGCCAGGGAGUAGCGGUGGUUCCACCUACUGUGCCAGGAGCCUUCCUGGGGAUACCUGAGAAGGGCACGAUCAAAAAGCAAAAAUCAAUAGGUUCAGAAGAACAGGGAUUCCUCACGCCUCCCCUACUCAAGUUCUCCCGCAGCCUCUCUAUGCCUGACACCUCAGAGGACAUCCCUCCUCCCCCAGCCAUUUCACCCCCUUCACCACCUGCCUACAACUCAACUCCUGGCCCUACAGGCAAAGGCUACGGCACCACAAGACCCAGCUUCCUUCAGAACUCACCCAAUGCAGUGACGACCAUUAGCCGAAACACAGAUGUUGGUACGUUGAGGCGUGGCUAUUUUCGCCAGAGCUCCGAGCAGUUUGAGAGCCCACGUACUCGAGGUCGCACACCAGUGCCUGAGAACCCUUACUCUGAGGUGGGUAAUAAGAAUCUGUAUGUGCCAGCAAAACCAGCUCGAAGGAAGGGCAUGCUAGUAAAGCAGUCCAAUGUUGAGGACAGUCCAGAGAAAACGUGUCACAUGCCAGCAAGCCCCUCAGGCCCAGUUUCCAUGCCUACUACACCUGUAGAACGAACAUGCUCAUCCAUCCCCAUACCCACAAUCAUUGUCAAGGAGCCUUCCACCAGCAGCAGUGGCAAGAGCAGCCAGGGUAGCAGUAUGGAGAUUGAGCCCACCACCCCUGAACACCCAUCUCUUACGCCCACUGUUAGUGGAAGUGGAGGUCUGCGUCCUGAAGACACACUUCACUCUUUAAGCAACCCUUUUGCUGCUGCUAUUGCUGGGGCAGUACGGGACAGAGAGAAAAGACUAGAGGCAAGAAAGAGCUCAAUUGCCUUCCAGUCAAUAGACAUUGGGGAUGAUGAAUUUAGUAGUCCAGCACCAACCCCUCGCCUGCGCCAGUCAAAGUCCAUCGAUGAAGGCAUGUUCAGUAGCGAUGAGCGACUUCGAAGGAUAUUGGCCCCUCCCACAGAAAGACUUGGUCGUCCUGUUGGGGGUGGUAGUGGAAACAUGACUGAUUUUAAUACUCCUGAGCCAACAGUUGUACGGGAACCUCUUAACACCAGAACAGGCCAGUGUCCCAACUUGGAUAGCCCUGUUAGUCUCCCAGCCACUCCUAAGAGCCACUACAGGGCCAAUGGAACCUACCUCCACCCUGUAACUGGCAAACCCUUGGAUCCAAAUUCUCCUUUAGCCCUUGCUCUGGCAGCUCGUGACCGGGCCAUGAAGGAACAACAGAACAAUCCUCAGAAUCAGCCACAAAAUCCUCCUCAGGUUCAGCAAACCCCAAAACACGAAGCACAGUCCCUUCCAAUUCAGUCAAGCCACAAACCAGACCUCAACCAACCUCUUUUUAUCGACACCAAACUACGCUCUGGGAUUGAGACAAGUUUUGCUGCAAUUUCCUCAGCAACCAUGGGGCGACCAGGCCGAGGCGGCCUGCGGAGGCAGAUGACAGAACAGAAGUAUGAGUCUGAUGGCGCAAGGGAAGAGCGGCAGCAUAAAGCUGUUGAGGAGAGAAAAAGUGCACCAGCAGAUGUGACAGACACAUCACAACUCAAAUCAGCCGGGUUAUUAAUGGUCCACACCAGCACAGAAGCGAGCAACAAGGCUAACAGCCCAGAGGUGGAGGGGCAGGACAGCAACAGGCCAUCUGAGCUGAAGGACCCCAACCAACCUGAUCCUCACAAUCCUUCAACAUUCUCCUCAAAUCCCCAGCCACCUUCAUCGCGGAGGAGCAUUCCAUUAGGUGAAUCCAUGGAAGAACCAGUAAAGCUGCCAUUCCGCAUCCCUCCACCCCCUCUGGCCUCUGUUGAUAUCGAUGAGGAAUUUGAAUUUACUGAGCCCCUUCCUCCUCCACUGGAGUUUGCCAACAGUAUUGACAUUCCUGAUGACCAGGCCAGUGCCAUUGCAGAGUUGCUUAAGCAGCAGAGACGGAAUGGAGGACCUUUAUUACCUCCAUAUCAUGCACACGCCCCGCCACCUGUAACUGACAAACGUAUGGCAAACAGUAUGCCCCCCUCAUAUCCUCCUCCUCCACCUGACCCAGAGUCAGGGGUGGGUGACUCGGGCAUUGAAGAAGUAGACAGUCGCAGUAGUGGGGAUCCUCAGCACAUGGAGACCACCAGCACAGUUUCCAGCAUCUCCACCCUAUCUUCAGAAGGAGGCUUUUGUGACAGCGCUCUGGAGAGCCUCUAUGCCACCGCAGAUGGACAUGCCUUCCUGGUGGAUCGGCCUCCUGUGCCACCCAAACCCAAGGGCAAGUCUGUCAUCAACAGAACAUCACUUUACCAUGAUGCUCUCAUUGAAGAGCCCCCAGAAUCCUAUGGUUCACCACCUCAGGCGCCUCCACCGUCAUCUGCUGAACCUCCUAGGACUCCCACUCAAAGGACAUCCAAGCUGUGGGGCGAUCAGCCCCCUGAGCUGUGCAGCCCCCCAUCUACACCGGACAACAAAAACACCAUUAUUACUGAACUGAGUUCUAUUCUGCAGCAAAUGAAUCGCGACAGGCCAUCCAAGCCAGGAGAGAGCCUUGAUUCCCCUACUGGGACCAGGGGAGGUUUUGGCACAAGGCCUCCCCCAGAAGACUCAGGAAUGCGUAAUCACGCUGCCGCUGCUGCCGCCCUCGCCUCCACGCCACCCAGCAGCCUCCCGUCCCAGCCGCACCCCUGCAGCCCCCCAGACUCCGCCUCCUCCCUCACCCCCUGCUCCUCACUGCCGCCCUCCGUGUCGCCCACCCUCACAGAUGUCUUCGGCCUGCCCACUCCACCCAUGGGCAGCGGCGGCGGCUACAGCCUCAGCUCCUCGUGCGGUGGCAGCGGCAGCUCGCGCUCCCCUUCGCCGCUCACGCUGAUGCAGGCCGUGGCAGCCUCGGGCAAACCCUUCGCCUCCAAACCCAUGGAGCUGUGGAGCAAACACGACGUGGCAGACUGGCUGGAGAGCCUCAACCUGGGAGAGCACCGGGACGCUUUCCUGGACAAUGAGAUCGAGGGUGCUCAUCUGCCCUCACUGCAGAAGGAGGACCUGAUAGACCUGGGCGUGACAAGGGUGGGACACCGCAUGAACAUCGAGCGGGCCCUCAAGCUGCUGCAGGACAGAUAAGCCCCGAGGAGACGGGGUGAUGACGUACAGAGUCAGGGCCAAGGAGACAGAGGUUUCCCUUCACUUUAACCGAUCUCUUCAUCAACAUAAUCUCAAGUCCUGGAUCUGGGUAGAAGUUUUGUCCAAGUUGAUGCUGCCUCUUACCGUUUUUUGUCCUCUCUCAUCCUACGUUGUCACCCUCAUCUCAGUGCUCCAGUCUCGUCCAUCCUCUUCUUCCCUCCCUGCGAUCUGAGCAUCGGGAUUAUGGGAUGUCUGGAGAAACUGAAGGGGGAGCUACGUCAUGUCGUGGAGAGAGCGAAAGCAGAGGACUGUCCAGAAGACGAAACACUCUGGAAUAGUUUGUCCUCAAACACUCGUCUGGAAGUUUAUUUCACACACAGACUUGUGCUCUCACCCGACUGCUUUGGAAUACUAAAGACUUUUUCCAUAUGCCCCAGUGUGGGUGCAUGAAAAACCAGCUGAGCUGGUCGUUGCUCCUUUUCUAUCUUUGCUAGAAUUUGUUCAGAGAAUAAUAUUUCUUCACUAGAGUCCUGCCGGAGUUAUAUUUCUGGUUGCAUCUAAAGUUGUAGAGACAAAAAAAUGGAGAUAGACUCAUUUUUUUUUCUUGCUUUUCACUUGUUUGUGUCAAAGUAAAAAAAACAAAAACAUUAGCUGACAUGUUUAUACAAAUACUGAAGCAUAUCUUGUGUCCAUGCACACACACACGCACACACUCUUUAUGCACAGGGCCACACACUAAGACAACACACUGUCACUACCAGGUGAGGCUCACUGAUGCAGAACAUCUGAGGUGGUGAGGAUGUGAGGGACAAGAUGGACAGACAAAAAUAAUCUUGAAACCUUGAAAUGGUCUGAAUUCAUCGGGCAUCCUCAUCCUCUCUUUGGCUUGUGUGUGCCUGCGUGUGUGUGUGCCCAGACAUGGUUUGCGUGUGUGUUGAGUUCAUUUCCCAUGGAUUUGCUAUAAAGGCCACAGUGAAGGGAAACUAGAGCUGUUCUAUCCUUUUGUACUUGAUUCUUCCACUUCAUCAUUAGUAGAUCAACACCAGUAAACAUGGCCCCAUCGUAGGUGUAUGAGACGGAAGUCAAGGUAUUUUUUGAGGAAGCGACUUAAUUUUGUGUUUCAAGUAAAAAACAAGAAAGAAAGAAAGAAGAAAAAGCAACAUUUUGCCACUUUCACUCAUUCGCGCUCUGAUGAGAAGAUCAACACCAUAUUCAGAACCAUCUGUAGUAAGAGAAUGUGGUUUGAAAAUAAGAAAUUCAGAAAGAGUUUACUAUGUUUUAUUCCAAGACUAAUGUAUUGUUAAAGUAUAUUAAAGUGAAGGAAAAUUUACAUUUAAUGCAGGUUGAAACAACUGCAAAACAAUUAAAAGCAGCAGUGGACACUGGAAUUUGGGAUAUAAAUAAUCAAUCUGCUUUAAACCUACUGUGUGUUUUAAAUGUAUUUUAUUAUGGUCUUAAGAACAGGGAUUUAAAAAGUCUUAAAUACAGUUUUGCCAGGUCUUAAAUAAAACUAUUUACUUUUAUUGAGUGAUAACAUUUUUAUGCAACAUAUUUCAAUUUCGGGGAAAUUACUCACAGAGUUCUGUGUAGUUAUGUUAAUUGAUUAAUAAAAUGUACCUACAUUUUGGGACAAUUUCCCUUAAUAUGAUUCAUACUUUUUUGCCAGUAUGGACAUGAAACUUAAAAAACUUAAAAAGUUUUAAAUUUAUCUUGGAAUCUUUAUAAACCUUAGGGCAUCUUACAUGUAAUCACAUGAUUAUCUUACAUGUAGUCAGUUAGCGUAGCUUAGCGUAGUUUAGCGCUAGCAUCGCUGCUUCCACACUUUAAAUCCCAUCGUUUAUUUAUGUUCAUCUACUAAUAAAUAAGCUUCAGAUUUUGUGUGACAGUCAACGUCCACUCCCUGUUGUUGAGCUAAGCUAUGCUAAUAACCGCCUGACAUUUCCAAUCUCUGUACAAGAAAACGUUACAAUAUUUUUUACUUUCCCAUUUGAAGGUGACGUAACACACAGAUAUGAAAGUGGCGUUGAUCUUCUCAUCUAUUUCAAACGUGAAUGAGUGAAUUGAAUUUAGGGCUGCAACUAACAGUUUUGUUUAUCGAUUAAUCAAGUGCUUGUUUGUAUGUCAGAAAAUAUUGUUAUAUUUUAAUCAUUGUUUACCAACCCUGGAAAUGAUGAUGUUGUCGAAUGUCUUGUUUUGUCCACAAACCAAAAUGAUGCAGUUUUAAAGAUUUAUUUGUUAUAUGAUGCAAAGAAACCAGUAAAUAUUCACUUUCAGGAAGCUGAAAAAUCUGAAAACAUGUUUUAAUUAUUGAAAAAAAAAAAAAAAACUUCAAACCAAUAUUGAUUAUCAAAAUAGUUGCAGAUUAAUUUAGUAAUUGAUUAAUCGUUGCAGCCCUAAAUUGAAUAAAAUGUUAUUCCACCUAACUUCAGCAGGUUUCGGUUUGAAUGACACAAUUUGAGCAAGCUAAAUUCAAGUUUUACUCGAGAAAUCUCAUAUUUUAGAUGUAUCUAAAUGACGACCUGAAUAUUUUGUACAUUGUUCUUUGCUAAUAGUAGAGAUUUAAUUAGAGAUUUGUUAUAACAAGCAAAUCUGGAUCCAAACAGCGACUGAACCACAAAGCAGUGAAGAGGAGUGGAGAUGUAGUGCUGCGCUAACACGGCUGCUUCACUCAUUAGCAUUUGAUGAAUUGUUAGUAGUAUUAUUAUUAUUAUUGUUAUUAUUAUUAUUAUGAAUUUCUGUUUUUACAACUGUCAUCAGGCUGAUGUGAAGUCAUGCUGUGAUGUCAGAGCAGACGGAGAAUCUGCAGCUCCACAUUCCUUCUCCUGCCCUCGAUCCACUGUGUGACAAACAACCGGACAAUGACCUGAUAAUGUGGCACAUGUUCAUCAUCGGGGGGGGGGGGGCCAGAUUAAGUAAAGGGAUAAAACCCAGCUGUGAUCUGAUGAGUCCCAUGUUCUUAUCUCGUGUCGCAGCAGACACGACAUUUAAAGCAUUUAAAGGUCCAGUGUGUAUGAAUUAGGUGACACAACAAAUGGAGGACUCCUCUGCUCACACCUCCCUUUUCCAAGCACGUCAGGGAACUACGGUGGCCUUCGCAUACUAGAAAGGAUGUAAACACUCUUUCAUAACACUCUCCACUCUUCCACUCUCUGUCUCUCUCUCUCUCUCUCUGCCAUUUCCUCCUUCUUCUUUGUUGCUUUAUGCAUUGGGUUUUUGUGGGCGGAGCCGUUCUUCAUUUGCACAUUCAGCUGCCACUUCAGAACACACAUCCUGCCGUAGAAACACAAGUGGUACAGUUCGGUGCGGUGCGGUACGUUAUGGAUUUAUUUGCGUUUCCAUGAGGAACGGUACCAAAAUAACUGGCCCCAACCAUUCAAUUUUUUGGCACCCUGAGGAAUGGUAUGGUACCGGUGGAGCUAGACACGCGACAGUCAGAAAGCUUGAUGUUUUGUUGAGACAAACAGUCACAAACCGAGCAGAAGAAAAAAGAGAUGCUCCACUGUUGUCCGUUGUCACCACACCGGUACAGCACCACGCUAUGUAUCUCGAUGACACGGCUAUAGGGCACCGUGCUUACCGAGUAAAGGUACUGUUUUCAGUCGAAACACAAGCCUGACCGAGGGCUUUACCGUUCCAAACUGCACCGAACUGUGCCAUGAUGAAAACACGGCUAUGGUGUCGUAAGACGGCAGCCUCCGUAAAGCAAGGCCCUUACUUAUUUAUAAAACCAAACCAGUUUUAUUUUACAGUAAUUAUACACUUACUCAAACAUACUUAUGGAUUGGAUAUUCAAAUUUUGCCCAUAAACCCUCCUAAAUGUUACACACUGGACCUUUAAAGUUUGACAUAAUGGGCCAACUUUUAACUAAAUCAGCAUUUAUAAAGCUGGAAAUGCUUGUGAGUCUUUCCCUUAGUAACGAUAAAAAGCUGGUAAUAAGUAGACGUGCAGUAUGUGUUGAAAUGUGUAUAUAAGAGGAAUUGAAAAUGUCUAUUUGAUCAUAUGUAUAGCUCUAUUCAAAUGUUUAGACUGAAGGAAACAAGAAAGAUAACUAUCAACUAUCAAGGUUCACUUAUAACUGCCAGAGCUGACGUAUAGUGACCAAAGCACUGGUCAGAUCCACCCCAUCAUCCUGCAGAGACGGCCUUAAAACAGCUCACUGCUCCUCCCUCCACAACCUGCACGAGCUUCUCUUUCUGUCAGCGCACACCUCACGUGUUGAAGCCGCAACAUCUGGAUCUGCGUGGAGGUCGUGAAUAUACCGUCGCGAGGCUAUCACACUCCGCAGCUUUUCUGAGGAGACAAAUGUUCUGUGAACAUGAGACGUAUGGAGGCCGGCGCAGGACAAUGCUGCUACAAUCCUGUUCCUGUUUGAGCGUUAUUUUAAAAACAAACCGUGGCGUGUCAAGAGGGGGUAGAAAAGCACAGUAUUUUUAAAGAUUUGUAUAGAGUUCUAUGAAAUUUUAUAGAGGUUAUCUGAACAAGAACUGUUCAACACUGACGCGGGAUUGCCAAAAAACAGAAAUAUUAUAGAGAUUUAACAAGAAAAAAAAAAAAAAGAGUGGAUAUUAUUAGAUUUAUUGGUUAUGUAAGAAGCAAUAUUUAUUCUGACUAAAUCUCUUUGGUUGUGUUUUAUUUUCCCAUUUUAAAGUUACAUAUCAUGAUGCAAUCACCUGUCAGUGUUUUAAUGAAGCAUUGGCUUCAGUAGAUACAGUCUCUGCUGCACUCAUAUAUCGAUACUUCGGCCACACACACACA